AAACAAAACAAAACAAAAACAACAAAACAACAGGAUGGUAAGAGAAAAAUGUUAAUGAGGGUGAUAAAAUGUGAGGUGAUAUUUUCAGUCUAGUGGUGGGAAAAGAACUUAGAUCCAUAUUACGCCAUAAAUAAAACAACUUUUAGACGGAGUAAAAAUAUUUAGAGCGAACUGAUCAGUACAAUACAAUUUUACAACACCUGUGAGUCAAAGAUGAAACUGUAAAGUCUCAUAAGAAACAAACACGUUAAUGUAGAGCAUAAUGUAUAAAGAAAUUACCCACGGGCCACUGAAAGGGCUCAGUCAAUAAAGGUACUUCCCACCAACCCUGAUUGCUUGAGUUUGAUCCUCAAGCUCCCACAAUAGAGAAAAAUUGAGAAAAGCACACGGCGUUAAGCAUUACUCAUGAUGCUGUGAAAGUAAACACUGAGAAUUAGUUACAGGCAUCUGGAGCUGUUCUGAGCAGUUACAUACGACACACUGCGAGGUGUGUGGUGUGGGGGGGACAAGACAAAAAAGCCAGCGGCCCCAUGAGUAGGGAAAGAGCACGGAACCACAGCGAUCGCGGCGACUCCCGGCUGGAGGGGAAAGCUCAGAGAAAAAGCAGCUUGCCGGAUGCAAGGUGAAAUGGCUAGUUUAAAGGUCAGUCUUUUCAGUUACACAUCAGGGGUGCUCAAAAGGCGCGCAAUUUCUCCCCUCCGGUGAAAAGCCUAAGUUCCUCGCGGCGCUGGAGGUGGGUAAGCAAGCCCCCAGCACAAACUCAAGACUCAGGCGUCGGGCUCCUAGGGACCGGGCUCGCCCGCCUCCUACUUCCGCUUCCGUGGUCCAGUCGGCCCAGGCUCCACUUCCGCUCUUGCGCACGCACCAGGCGGCUGCCUCGGGAGGCGGCAUGGCGUCCUCUCGCUUGCCUCCCACGGCGCUGACGCUGAAGCAGUUCAUGAGAAGGCAACAAGUCCUCCUCCUCUACAGAAAGAUUUUGCGAGCGAUUAGGCAAGUUCCAGGUGAUGCUGACCGAAAGUACCUUCAGGACUGGGCCAGGGAAGAAUUCAAAAGAAACAAAAGUGCCACAGAAGAGGAUACAAUCCGUAUGAUGAUUACUCAAGGCAAUAUGCAGCUAAAGGAAUUAGAAAGGACAUUGGCUUUAGCAAAAUCUUAACUGAAAGGUUUUCAGAUUGCCAUGCCUUUUGCACAGGCUCACAGCUACUGUCACGAAGCACCAGUAGCACAUGGAAAGAUGAUCACACUAAUCACAGAUGCUCAUCAAGGCGUUAACAUUUCCACUGCAGUGGCUGCGAUUACAAAGUGAACUGACGUGAAGAUGGGAGCUUGGAACCUACAUUGCUCAGGUGAAGGUAGACUAUCAGCAGCCACUUUGGAAAACAGACUACUAGUUCUUGAAAAGGUAACAAGAUGGGGUUGUAACAAAGGGUCUACGGUGAAGGAUCUUGAGGCCAAGAACCUGAGUCUGACCCCUGGAACCCACAUGUGGAAAGGAGAAACCACCACAGAAAGUUGCCCUCUGACCUCCACACAGGCACUGUGGCACAUAAAGUAAAACCAAAAAAAGGCGACACAGAGUUCUUCAAACUUCAGCAGGUCUUGGCUUUAACCAAGAGAAAACUGAAGCCACGCCUAUAAAAGGGUAUGCAGAGUUCAGCAUUUCUUGUUUGUUUGGUUUUGAGAUAGGUUUUCCCUUUGUAGGCUAG